AUGGAGGACCACAGCGUCUCUCGCAAGCCAUCCAAGCUUAUUGCUCGCUCCAGCACCUUGCAUCGUUCACCGCACAGUCACAGCGGCUCGGGUGCAGGCCUCUGGCUCGCCAACAGCACAACACCGAGCCCGGACGUGUCAACUUUUGCCGAAGCAUCCACAGCACACACCGAAGGGCCAUCUGAACCACAAUACAAUCAGCCAGCAUCAUCUUCACAGCAGGGCAGGAAGGUCUACCACUUUUCGGCAGAGCUCGCGCGCGCCUCGUUCGGCGGACGGCCUCUGACUCUCGGAGGGACAUCUACGGACUGCGAUCCCAUCUACAUCAACAAGAUGCCCGCAGCGUCAUCAGAUGAUGCAGAUGUCGACCUGGACCUGUCCUUCGACUAUAUUUCCCGCUUCGACCAGUCCUUGUCGUCCUCAGACCAGCAAGACUCGAGCGAAGUUGCGGUCGAUUCGUCUCAGGAGCAUGACACGAUCCCUCCUCCCAUCAGCCAAUUCUCUCCUGACGACACACCAGAGUCGUUGCAAGCUCCGGGGAGCGACGCAGCGGAUGCGCCAACAACGCCGAUCAAGCUUGUCGUCCCAGAAGCGUCGUCCUCGUCAGGGUCGCCUAUGUUUCGAACAUCACCUUCUCCCAACAGCAAGGCGAUACGGAGCAUGCGAGCGAAUGCCGACUGGGAUAAGCGCAGGAAAGCACCACCUGCUCCGCUCGACUUGACACCAGGAGCGGAAGCGAAGCGACAACGUCAACUGGCGUUGCAACAGCUUCGACUUCAGCCAGAAGCCGAAUCCGCAGCGCUGACUUUGCUCUCCAUCGGCUCAAUAAAGCCAGAGACGAAGCCAAGCCAAGAGCUUGUCGGCAAGAGCCUCUUUUCUCCCAUCACACCUGCCACCGCUUCUGUGCCUUUGCCAAGCGAGCUCGCCUCUCCUUCCCACGCUUCGGACCAGCCGCUGCCAAUGACACCACUCAGUGCGACAAGAAGAGGUGCAGCUAUCAACCGUCUCCCACAUCACAGCGGAAACAAUCUCACUAGUCCCACACCUUCUCACAUUGAAACCUCGAAAUCGGCGGCAGUCCGAAGAGCAGCUUCCACCUCGACUGCGCGUGCCAUGGACAAACAACAGAGUUCGGAGGCGCUCCGACGCACUCCCACGGCUGCGGCGCAUUCCCCGUCGUACGCCUCGAGCGCAACACCGGUGCAAUCCAAGCGUGCACGAUCCCACUCCAAUCGAUCCUUCCGAGCGUCGGCGUCUCUCGCCUCUCUGGGACCUCCACCGUUCCCGCCUCCCAACGAACCACUGCCAUCUCCUGCACUCAGUCCCUCUUUCCAGCAGGAGCACUCCGUGCCUUCGACUUCAGCUUAUCACACCGCAAACGAUGCCAAUUCCACGGCGAGCAAAGCCGGCCGCACUCGACCGUCUGUCUCGUCGAUCGACUUCAGUGAGGCCCCUCGAUCGCUGAGAUCCAGGACAACGCAGACCGGUCGAAGCAGCUUGGACAGCUUCCGCACCGCCAACUCAGAUGGUAUGACAGUAGCCAACAGCAAUCACAGCUUUCACGACAACCGCCGAUGGGCGUCGGAAGACAGUGCACAACCACCUCCAUUGCCGCCCCUUCAGCGAUACGAAGCAUUCUUCCCCAGCCACACUCAUUGGGGUGCGUCCCAGCCAUCCACUGCUCUCUCGAACAACUCGCUGGGAGUAAGUGGCGUCAACACUUCUUCCACCCUGACCUCGGUGCCUAUGACUUUCAGCAACACCGUAGGCUCGACGGCAACAACCGCAAUGACGUGGAGCAUGUCUGAUCGCUCUACACCUUCAACCCAUCAUUCUCCCUUGACACCCUUCACGCCAGCGUUUUCCGACACGAUGCCUGGCACUUCCGCGAACGGAAAGACACAGUUUGUCGCGGCUGUAGGAGCACCUUCAUCCGGCGAGCUUCCCGUCUCCAGCGAGAAUCAAAGCAGGACGGCCCUCCCAUCGGGUAUGACCUCACUCAGAGGAGCGGCUGCAGCGCUCAAAGAAGCAUCAACGGCGGUGGAAGAAGAAGUUCGAGGCAACCGCAACACGGAACAAUGGAUCUUGACGCAACGUCAGCGGAAAGCUCUGCUCCAGCACGAGGAGCUCGCGUCGCAUCAGCGACUGCUUGAAGCUGAUCAGGAUGCAGUGCGUCUGUCCAUUCGUGCAGACGAGCGUGCUAGCCGAGCGAACCUGCCUCACGUUGAGCAAGACGCCGAGGUCGGAGCAAGAUCCAGGCAGGACUCGAGGAGCACCGUCACCACCGACGACGAGCAUCCAGGCGCCAAGGUGCGACAGACCAUGGUCAUCUCGACCGUGUCGACGCCAGACGAGAGUGUGGAUGCGUUCAACUUUGUCACCGGCCAACCUUCUCUGAUGCCUCCUGCUGGCACGAACAUGGAGCGCGCCGCCUCGCACGACGCUUUGCGGCCAUCCUCGACCAAGGCGGCAACUCCCAUGACGCGCAACCGCAGCGGCACCGUAGGUCCAUGGCCGCAGUCGCCGUUGCUGCUCGAUGUCAACGUGCCCGUCCAAGCCAAGUCGCAGGUGCAGGGUUCGGCCGUCUCUCCGGCUCUGACAACGAUCAUCUACAGCAACUAUUCGACGCCUCAGCUGGACGAAUCUGUGGAUGCCGAAGAAAGUGGCGAUUCACAGCGAGCCCCAGCUGUCGCAGGUCUCGGCCUGGACUUGGACUAUCCGUCUGCGAACGUCGUCAGCGAUACUUCGCCAGAUUAUUUUGCUCCCGACGCGGUCAAAGGCUUUGCACCCAUCACCACCGAUCUGCUGCGCCAAGCGGCACGCUUUGGCGCUUCUCCUCAUCUCUCGAUUCAGAUGUCGCCCGAGGCCGGCGCGAUGCAUCGUGUGCGGUCCAAGUCCAAAGAGGUCCUGCUCACACGUGAAAGCCGUCAGAAUCUCAACCAAGGUCUGGGUUUUGACCUCGUAGGGGGUCAGGGCCCGAGUCCUCUGCUACCAAACGAUUGCCGUUCACCACGAACCGCGAGCGGCAAAGAAACCGGUAGCAGCGGUCCAGGUGGGUUGGCUUCGCUCGUGAAAGGGUCCAUGCAGAACGACGUGACAGUGCACCGUGCACAGGUCGCAAACGAUCGACCACUUCUUCCUUCGCAGAGCAUCGCCUCGUCCAUCUCUGCUUUCGCUUACAAUGCCACGCCUGUCCAUCUGUCCUCUGGAUCCGAGGCAGCACACCAUCUCGGCGUGUCGACCGAGCAAAAGACUGGCAGCAUCGGGUGGCGCCGCAACGCACGCCGGAGCCGUGAACCCAGCCCAGCUCAAGCUCUGGCCCUUGGAAUGCGAGGCGACAAGCGCCAUGCCAACGAUGGCUCCGAUGUCAAGUUUGUCAACAUCAACCUCGAUGAUGGAGGACUCGAGACUGAGGUCAUGCUUCGUCAUGAUGAGGCCGCCAAGAGCAGCGACGCCGCAAAGGCCGGACAGUGGGUCAGCAAGCUCUGGAGCUCCGUGACGUCCCCGCGACGUACCUCUUUCAAUAUCGGCGCUGCUCCGGGCGACCGUAGCGAGGACAUCGAGCUGGCCAACAGCAGCACUGCAGACCAGAGCCACAAAAGCAAGUCGAGCGACCGGGCACCAGCUCCCGUUCCCAAGGAGGAGAGGAAUGUGCGUCCGCUUUCUCUGGUGGAGAAGCGUCAGAGCAGUGGACGGUAUCAGAUCGAGAACGCGCGUCAGAGAUUCCGCUCCCCAACUCCGGGCGAGGACGACGAAGCGGCAGAGAAGGAUGCUCGUGCUGUGGCUCUACGUCUGCUCGCUGGCUCGCCUCGCAUCCCUGCGCCGGUCGAAGAGGGAGUCGUCGCAGAAGCACAGCCGGAGAACAGCAUGGAUCGUGGUGACCUCUCGGCUGAAGAGCGCGAGAAGGAACGCAUCGAUGCGCUCAAGAAGCUACGUCGGAUGAGUGCCAUCGAACGCCAGCAGAAGCGCAGCUCGGGCAUCGGCUACAUCACGUCGAGCGCCCGUGCGCCGGAAUCGCCUCGUUUACCGUACAUCUCUGACAGGAGCAACGAUGCCAGAAAGUCCCACGACCUGGACCCGUCAGCCCGCCACGGUGGCCUUUCGAGAGAAGCGAGCAUCAGCAAGAAGCGAAUGUCGAUGACCGUAUUCGGUGGCAAAGAACGCGCCCAAGCAUCCGACGAGGUCCCGACGUCGGCACCGGCAGUAGGGGCUACGGAACGCGCGUGGCUCGACGCCAUGCGCUCUCCACGGGUCGCAGAGAGUCCAUCCGGCUUCACACCGCGGAUGGCUUUCGAACCCCACGACUGGGGUGCAGCCUCCAGCUCGCAGCAACACCAGCACGUAUACGGUGCCAAUCAGGCAGCUGCCGGGCCAUCGACCGCCAACCACAUCCCGCUCAUGCUCUCUGGCAGUGCUACUGCUCAUCGACAAGCUUCAUCGAAAGCUGCCAAUCCGAUUCAAGAUCAUGGUUUGACCGUAUCCGAGCUCGACCGCGCACGCGACGAGAUGCGUCGUCUCGCAGGCCAAGGUACGGCGUUCAGCGAUGAGGAGCUGGCGCACGGUGGGAUCGAGAGCUUCCACACUCCCAUGCCCGACGCUCCCGACACCUGGGCCUACGAUGCUGAUCAUUACGAUCAGCGUCACCACGUUGAGGACCAAAGCAUGACAGCUGAGCCCACCACUGAGCUCAACGACUUCGGCAUCAGCCCUGAAAAGAAGGAAGCCAAGCUGCACCGCCGCACUCGAACAGCUCGAUUUGCGGACGAUGACUACCGUCAUCAUCAGUACGAGCAACACGCUGAUGACCAGCCUACCGUUUCGAUCUUCACACGAAGCCAACAGCACCGCCAUCGCGCAUCGGGCAGCUUUUCCGCUCAUUUCAACUCGCAUAACCAGCCUCCGUCGAUGGAGCAUCGAAGUCGAUCGAAGCGUCGUGCAAGUCAGCACGCUGCUGCGAAUGGUCAUGGUCUAUUCGGAACACCUGCCGCGUUGCUGGACGGCAACACGCCGAGCAAGAACAUGUUCUGGGCCGGCUUCCUCGGCAUGCCCUGGCUGUGGAUGAUCGGCGGCUGGUACCUUACCCCCGACGGUCAACUCCGGCAUCCUUCUACGGACGAUCCGCGUGUCCGAGGCAAAUUAGACGUCUGGCAGCACGAGCCCAGCAUGCAGAAUCAAGGGUCAGCCAAUUCCAGUCCCAACAUCGGCUCGAAUUCGACCACAUUUGGCGGUUCGAGCUACGAGCAAGCUUGGGGAAUGGGCCAAGGCGAAAGUGUUUCUGGUCUGGGCUUGAGCGGUAUGCCUUCGACGAUGUCGUAUUCAUAUGCCGCUUCGUCAAUCGGUACGACCGUCAGUGCACAGACGACCAACAGCGACCCGAACAGGCCGCCUCCGAGCAAAGCGCGCAAGAGCAAGACCCGAAGCUUUGGCACGCUGCUCGACACCAACCCUCAGGUCAGCUUCUACCAAUCGCCCGUACGUGUUGUGCAAGAGCCGCAGCCGAGCUUCGGCAACGUCUGGCGCCAUCCGCGCGGAAUGGAGCCUUUGCUCGAGGCGGAGGAGCCUCGUCGGAGUCGAAUGUUCGCCGGCUAUCCUGGAGACGAAUUCGACCACGGCUAUGCGCCCUCGCCUGUGGUGUCUUCAUCGGACGGGACUACGACAGCCGUCUCUGCAGCCGAGCCGAUGCUCCAAACAGGACCGAGAUCGAACGUGGGAUACCAAGUGGCGAUGGCAACCAAGACUAGCGUGGCGACGCCGUGGAAAGAUCUGGAGAGGUACGUGCUGCUCAACCGGGUGGCAGCGAUCUUGUCUGGAGUUCUGGUGUUUGCAGGAUUCACGGGAGCGGUGUAUGCGGUGGUGACAAAUUUUUAA